UCCUUCUAACCGAUACCUAAAAUUAAAAUAAUAGAAAAAAUAAAAAAUAAAAAAGAAGAAAUGGGUAUGAAACCCACCCAACCGGUUUUUGGCGGGUUCAAAUAGAGUAUUCUGGGUAAAACAACGUAACAGAGGUAAAUUAAGUCAUCCACCUUCUUGCUAGGGCCACUGCGGGGAGGAAGGAGGAGGAAGAAAGAAGAAUGCAAUGCUCAAACACAUACUGGGCAUCAAGUGUUCAUCCUCCUGGUCGGUUCUUUACUCAGAGCUCUCAUCAUAAUGAAGAUACUAGUUGUCCAGUGGUAACUCUUCCUCUACCUUCGCACGUGAAAUCCAUCACAAGCCCAUCCAAUCCAUUUGUAAAGCACUGCUUCAAGCUCCGUCACAGUUCUUCUUAUCGCUACUCUCAUGGUUCUGCUCUUGUUGUGGGCACUACUCCCAUAAGGGAAAUAUACAAGUUUCAACAGUCAACCCAAGAGAGAACUGUUGAAAUGGAUUGUUUACUUAUACUUGAUAAAGCUGAGAUUCCUGAAGGGCUAGAUGUUUUCUCUGUUCGUCUUGUGCGUGUGAGCUCUAUGGUGAUGAAAAAACUUUCUGGGUUGCAAUCAACUGAAUCUGUUGAAGCUAUUGCCCUGAUGAGAAUUCCUACCAGUUUCUUCAGUGUAAAUGAUGAUACAUAUGAAAAAGACUGUCGGAGGUGGUUCCAAUCUCCUCAUCGAAUUCUAGUUCUUGAUAGGAUCCAGGACCCAGGUAACCUUGGUACAUUACUUAGAUCAGCUAUGGCCUUUAGAUGGGGUGGUGUUUUUCUGCUGAGUGGGUGUUGUGAUCCAUUCAAUGAGAAGGCCCUCCGAGCUAGCCGGGGAGCCUCUUUUCAGCUCCCUAUAGUUUCUGGCAGUUGGAUUCAUCUAGAAACCCUCAAAAAUGAAUUCCAAAUGAAGAUGAUAGCUGGCCAUCCUGACAGUAACCAGAAAAGGAAGCCAGUGUCUCCUCUUUCUCAAGGGCUGGCUGAUUCUUUAGCAGAUGUACCAUUGUGCUUGGUUCUGGGCAGCGAGGGGAGUGGCCUUUCAGAGAAAUCCUGGCAGUUAUGUGAGCUUGUAAGCAUUCCAAUGGCAGGAGAGUUUGAGUCUCUCAAUGUUUCAGUUGCAGGUGGGAUUUUCUUGUAUAUGCUACAACCUCAGAACCGAAGAGUUUGAUUCUCCUUUGGGAACUUAUUGCAAAGCCUAAUUGAGAAAUAUACAGCUCAGGUAGUAUGCUCCUUGGUCCUC